AUAAGUAGAACCCAUGGAACCUAAAUAGCGCCCAGUUCCAAUUUGGUGAUGGCUUCCCCCGGCUCCGAUUCGGUGGAAAAAUCGGAGGAUAAGUCUGAGGGAGCAGACGACGUCCGCCUGCCGAAGGAACAGCCUCCCUCGCCCUUCUUCGAGACGAAGACCUUUCGCCUGAUCUCGAUCUUUUUGUAUCUGGGAGGGAUUAGCAGUCUGGGCAUGGUGCUGGCCCUGUACUAUCUGCUCUUCUUCGACUCCAGCAUGCCGGACAUCCACCUCAAGUUUCCCGUCUCCAUCGGCGGUCAUCCGGUGCAGAAAGUGCACGAGUACCAGUGACGAGUGACUCGGUAGUGGGCGGCGGUCUCCCACCCACCAUCCCCGGAAACUGAGGAGGAAAAGGUGGCCACUAAUUGGAUUUGGCCAAGCUACCCGAAAGAUAAAAUUGUGAUACCCGAGAAAAUAGCCAUCCGCCUCCUGAACUCAUCGGAAGUGACCGCGGAGCAGUUCUACAAGCACAUCCUCGACCAGUACCGCAUCCUGAG